AUGUCAGUAUCUCCAACCAACGAAUUCGCCAUCGCGGAAGUUGCAAUCCUUCUUAGGCUUGGUGGGAUAGGAAAAACACAGCUAGCGAUUCGCUUCGCGCGAGAUCGUAAAAAUGAUUUUACGGCUAUCUUCUGGCUUAGUGGCAAGGAUCGAGAUACGCUCUUACAAUCGUUAAGCUUUGCCUUGAACCGACUACCAGGACAGGAUUGGGAUAGCGAGACGACCAAUAAAGGAGAGGUAGAGCAACGAGCCAGACAUAUGCUACGGUGGCUAGUAUUGGAGGGCAACUCGCGCUGGCUGAUCAUUUUUGAGAAUUUCAACUUGAUGAGUGAUGGAGCUUCAAAUCGGUAUGCGAACGUUCAGUGGCGUGGGUAA